UGUCUGCUGUUGCAAUGGCGUUUGCUGCGACAGCACUUUACGGCAGCAGGGAAACCGAGGCGAAAGCAGCGACUAACGUCGCCAGCGGAGACGUUGUCGCCUCAAAAAUACUCGGAUUUAUGCAAUAUUCGGUGAACUAGCUUGUAUGUGUUUUGUAUAUCCAUUCGCCUUGUGGGUGAGAUUUUGUCCGACGUUUUCCAACCGUGAAUCUCCACCUUAAUGCGGUGGGAUGGCCACAGUGCCGCCUGGGCCUAGUAACGCACUGCCUGCAUCCCCGGCUGAAAUUCCUCCUUUCCCCGGGGCAGGGGGCGCGGAGCCGGCGGGGGAACACGGGGGACCGGCCUGCCGCAGGGAGGACUGUGUACCCGCCGGUACAGGGAAGGAGUCGCAGCCGGUAAGCGAAGUGAAAAGGUCCGUGAAGGAGAAGCAGAAAAACAUGCUAGCGCGAGCUAGCCCGCCGGCGCUGCACCUUAAAAUGCAAGCCCGAGAGCAGCAGCAGCUGAACGGCUUGGUCAGCCCCUCAGAGGACGCUCACAGCCACCAACACGCAGGGAACCGACCUGACAAUCCGACACCGUCCAUGGACGACUGUGACAGCAGCAGCAGCGGCAGCAGCGAGGGGGCUCCGGCCGCUAGAAACAAUAGUGAGCAUUGCCAACACGAAGGCCACAGCCCCUUCUCUGAAAACGGCAGCCACUCUCCCCUGGUCAACAAUAGCGUGAACGGCAUGCCGGGUUUCACGAGGACCGAGGCGGCCCACAGGCACCUCGACGACGAGGCCACAGAGGAGUUCGACCACACGGAGCCGCCGAGAUCGUCGAGCGAGGAGCCGCCGGACGCCUCGGGCCCCGGCGGAGAGCACGGCCCCGCCGACCCGCAGCAGCCGCAGCCGCCGCCGGCCGCAGAGCUGGCCCGGCUCGACCUGAACAGCUCCCCGGGCCGAGCGGAGGAGGACGGCCACGGCAUCCGAUACGUGCGCUACGAGUCCGAGCUGCAGAUGCCGUGGAUCAUGAGGUUGAUCACCAAGGACUUGUCUGAGCCUUAUUCAAUUUAUACGUACAGGUACUUCAUCCACAACUGGCCGCAGCUCUGCUUUCUGGCCAUGGUGGAACAAGAGUGUGUCGGAGCCAUCGUAUGUAAGCUUGACAUGCACAAGAAGAUGUUCCGUCGUGGCUACAUCGCCAUGCUGGCCGUGGAUUCAAAACACAGAAGGAAAAGCAUUGGCACUAAUCUCGUGAAGAAGGCCAUCUAUGCCAUGGUGGAGGGUGACUGUGACGAGGUUGUUUUGGAAACCGAGAUCACCAACAAAUCAGCCCUGAAGCUGUACGAGAACUUGGGUUUUGUUAGAGACAAGCGGCUGUUUAGAUACUACCUGAAUGGAGUGGACGCGCUGCGGCUCAAACUGUGGCUUCGCUAAAAGAAAACAAGUAGAGGGGAUUGGGGGGGAGGACAUGACAGCGGGUGCUGUUCACCUCCUACACGUUCAGCUCGAAAGCCUCAGCUCGGCCCUGGUCAUUUCACUCUUAUAUACACAAAUGCACACAGUUCAUACACAGACGCACACACACACUCACACCUGUGCACAACCACGAGGAGUAUGCACAUUGGUAUGCAUAGACAUGCAGACACACCCUCUUUUUGUCCUUGACUUCUGAACAACUGUUGUUUAGGCAGAAACGGACCGAAAUCCCACCUGAUGUUCAUGAAGGGGCCCCUGAUACUUUCUGUGACGAGGAAGGGGCAGGUGAGGGCGGUCUCUGGGAUGACCUUUACUGGGGACUAGAUGACCCUUUGACCUUCAAGCUUGGAAGCCGUAUCGAUUGGAACAGGGGUUUUGAGGCAGCUCAGAUGAGGACGCAGAGCCAAACCAAAUCCUUCUGCAGGACACAGGACAAGACUUCGAGGAAACGACACCACGUCAAACAAGGAAGCAGGGCAGUAAAAACAGACUGGGAAGAAAAUAAUUGUGGAGUUUAUUUUUGUGUUUAUUUUUUAACAUUGUUAAGUGGACCGGGGAUGGAAAAAGCUAUUGUAUGACUGCGUGUUUGUAUGUUGUGUUUUUUGGGGGGUGGGGAGCAAGUGUUUAGCUGGUUUUUGUGUGUAUGUUGUGUGGUUGGUUUUUCGCUGUGAGCAAGAGAACAUGUUGGUGUGACUGCGUGUGAGCGAAUGAUUGGUUGAAACCCUGCGUACUGUUGUGCGUUUUGUUUCCCAUCCUGUCUCCAUCACCUCCAGGACUGAACGCCUGUCAAGAUAUGCAUGCAUUUAUUUUGUGUGUGUGUGUGUGUGUGUGUGUGUGUGUGUGUGUGUGUGUGUGUGUGUGUGUGUGUGUGUGUGUGUGUGUGUGUGUGUGUGUGUGUGUGUGUGUGUGUGUGUGUGUGUGUGUGUGUGUGUGUGUGUGUGUGUGUGUGUGUGUGUGUGUGUGUGUGUGUGUGUGUGUUUUGAACCCAGUCUGAGGCCUACCCUCUGAUCCCUUCCUCUGUUUGGUGUAAGCAUGUUGGUGCAGAGCAGUUGAUCGAAAACAAAUCACUCCAUUAGCACCUCAAACUGUGCCCAGUCGGUGGAUCUGCCACCUUUUUCGCUUCAUUGUCCUUCAUUAAAUCUCUCGUGACGGAGUGUGGGUGAGGAGUUUAUUUUUUAUCUCCUAUUUUUUGCAGAUCCGAACUUGUUUUCCCUAAAUGCACUGCCAGCCACUGCAAAAUCCCCAGAAAACGAGACAUUGGAGUCCCUCAAAGACAUUUCUUGCCAAUGAUGGUGCAGUCAAACUCUCCUAGUCGUCUCAGUUUACUUCUUUAUAUUGUUGAUCUCCUUGUUGCAAGUGCCACUCAAUCCAUCAGAACUCUCAGCCUUGACUGCAGUGGUCCGCCCGCUAAAAGGCGACACGCCGCAGUGUCGGCCUGCUUCUCGUCUGCCAUCAGCACCAGACCGGAGGCAAAGUGUUACACAUGCUGGAUUCCUGUUUGAGUGUGCUGUGUGGGUGUGUGUGUUUAUCUCUUGGUUUAAAAAGAAAAAAAGGAAAAUAGACAAGUAUUCUUAGCAGAUUAUAUUAUAUUCUUUUGUUCGCUUUCAGUUUAUUUAGAUAUACUUCAAUACACCUGUAUAACCUCACGCUGCUGUAAGCGGCUGAGUCCAUAGUGCACUUCCCAGGUGACCUAAAUCGAUGCACAACCAACCUCGCUAACAUUUUAAGAUCUCCCGCCCGGAAUACGUCAUAGAUGCAUCCGGGCGUUUCAAUCCACACUAAUUUUGGCAAAGAAACUUUGCUUCAGCCGCUUCUGUUGUUUGUUUGUUUUUUCCUUUAAAAGUAAAAUGAACAAAGGUCAGAUCCACUUCUUUUGAAAAAAAUUGCUGCAGUGUGUAUGUGUACGUGUACGUGUGAAUGUGUCCUGUUAUUUUGACAACGGUGUGGAUCUGUUCUGAUAGGCUUUUAUUUCUCCACUCUCAGAGGCCCCCGCACAGGAAAUUCCGAGCCUUUAUGGUGCUGUGUUUUGUUACACCCUAAUGAGGACUCUUAUUAGUAUUAGGAAGGAACAAAAGCGCAUGCUUUCUUCCUUUCCAGGAUUUGAGUUGGUACUCAGUGUUAUACAGAAGGCAGGCAGCAUAGUCAGGGAAAAUAAACCCAAUUUGUUGUUUAUUUAAUUUAAAUUUGACAAAAAAUAUAACCGGUUGUGCAUGCAAUUUUUGCUAACAAGUAUUUCAAAUUAUGCAAUUGGUCAUCUGCGUACUUUCAUCCUGCCUGCAAUAUUCAGAGUAGAAAGCACUCCCAGACACUGCCAUGUAACACUACCCAGCUCCAUAAAAAGAAAACCAGAUUACAAUCUGCCACAGAUUUUGUCGGGACAUAAACAAACUCUUCAACUUUAGAUGUUUAGAUUAUUUAAAGACAAAUUAGCGUGUCUCUAUGAUCUACUACAUUAAAUUGGGUUUAUUUCCCCUUUCAACUGAGAGAUUUCAUCCCAGGAGCCCAGGACUGGAAGGGAGAGUAGAUGUUUACAGAGUUGCCACCCACGUAACAGCCUGUGUAUCUAAGUUUGCGUCUGUGUGCAAUUGGAACAAUGAAUCAGAUGACCUAUUUUCGUUUAUUUUAUUUUAUUUUUUUCAGAUUUGUAUAAGAGUGUUGUUUUAUUCAUCUUAUUUGAGAGCAUGUUUUUUUUUCUCAGUGAAUCACCUGUUGGGAAAGGGGGUGAUUUUGGUUGAUUCAUCAAAUUUUUGUUUUAUUUUUAAUUUCUGUGCGACUUAGCCCAUCCAGAGAUUUAACAAGAACAAUGAGCAUACAAAACUAUCUGUACCCUAAACGACAGUUAUCACCUUUGCUGCUCAUCCUGUACCAAUUUCAAAUCUCUCCCUGUUCAAACUCCUCCUGAUCAAUUCUGGAGGUUUUAAUCUAUUGUCCCUGUCGACACGUGUCUCCCCAUUCUUCUGUGUUCUUGUGCUGUUUGGGCCUUUUCUUCUAUUACACUGACUACUGAUGGAGGGACAGACUGGACGGGUCACACCGUAACAAUUAGCCCAUCUUGCUCUUUCAAACCAGCUGUCAGCAGGAAGAGGUGUUUUAGAUAUUGAAGGAAAAUGGUCUUGUUAUCUUCUUGAUGUUUUAAUCCUGUGAAACUCUGGCAGUUCCAUUAGGUAUAUGGGCAUUACAGCCUGCCGCGGUGAGCCAAAGGGCUUCAUCAUCACUAUCAAGUUUGUAGCCAUGGCUUGUAGUGUUGCAUAGUUUUACCCAACUCUCUCUGUGACAAAGACACCUCUGCAUUUGAAAUUGGUUUUGACUUGACAUGCCAGUUGGGUGUUCACAUAUGUCAGAAGCAGUUUUUUCCCCUCUUAUUCUGGACAUCCACUGUUCUAUCCAGGUUGCUUUUUCAAACAAUGUCCACCCCACCUCUGUCCUCACCCAAGGUGAUCUGCAAUUCUACAUUUACAACUACAAAUUCCCCCCAGAAACCAGUUUGUUGGUGAGCUAAUUGACAGUUGUAUUGGAUGGCUCUGCACCACAGAAUGCUACCAACCAACCACAGGGGCUUCCUGCAGUGUUUUAAGAGGCGGCCAGCACCGCCCCCACUGACAUCCAUGAAGUGUGCAAAGGGGGAGAGCAAAAGGUUAUUUUGCAUGUCAGAUUUCUUUUUCCCCCUGUCCCUCUUCCCUGUCCCCUCUCCUGAUUUUGAUCUGGAAAUGUCCAAUAGCUUUUAUUUAAUGUGGAAAAAGAACACAGAAAUAAAUUAUUUGAUUUUUUUAAUGCUGUAA